AGUGAGCUCACGGUCCCUUAGCAACAGCUGAAUUGGUCUGCAGUCACAGCCCCGCUGGUAAAAUUAAGAUUUGGGUGUGGAUCCACAUUCACAGGAAAAUUACACAAAGGGAUUUCAUCCAACUCUGCACCAUAUGAUUCCUCAGGGAGAGCAGCUGAAAGAUCUGAAUGUGUGAAUGAGAGCAGUUAAACAUGUUGGAAGUGUGAUGAAUGACAGGAGGAAACAUCAGGCAGGGUGUGGGGCAGAUGAAAGCAUGUAUGUCCACAGCAAGCAGAGGAGGAACAUUCAGUCCAAACCCGUUCAGGAGAGUACAGCCUUCACUCUGCUUCCACCAAGACCGAGGUCCUGUGUAGACCCACAGCUGUCCUCCAGAGGCUCUGAGCCUCUGGGCCUGCAAGUGCAGGGGCUUUGUUGUCCCCUCCAGCAGAGGCCUGGCAGUGGCAGGGUGACACCAUGGGUGACACCACAGAGCAGAGUGGGAGCAGAUGGGAGCAGGCUGAUACUGCUGAGCAGUCUCAAGGGAAGGCUGCCUAGCAGAGCAGAGGCAGCAGCAAGGUCCACAACUGAAAAACCUGUGAUGGACCCACAAGGUGGAGCUCCCAAUGUGAGCCACCACAGAGACCGAGUCAAUCAAACAGCAGAAACUCCCAUAACCCCCUGCAACAAUAAGAGUGAGGCUCGUCCUGGACAGCCCGGCGCCACUACAGUUUCUGAGCUCCAUCUGUAUCUGCCUUCAUCACUGUGUGAGGAUGAGGAGCAGGACUCAGAGGAAACAGAGGAGAUGACGCCUUCAGCACCUGAUAUCAAACCAAUCAACACAGGCUGUCCAGCAGACACCAACCAAUCACAGCAGCUGGCACUCCACAGACUCUGAACACAGCUGAGAUGUGAAGAAUGGACGACAGCAGAGCGCAGCGCAGAUAACAGACAGAGGAUGUUUGCUCCUAAAGAGCCUCCACAGCUACAGGACAGAGCAGAGUGAUGCCUGAGUGAGGCCCGAGCUGAUAAGGCCUGCAGCUGUCCACAGGCGGAGGAGUGUCCGCACAAACAAGUGCAGUAAAUGAAAAUGGAAUGUGAUGCCUGCACACAACUGAUACACCUGCACAACACAGGUCGGUUUUAAAGGAACAGGUGUGUUUGUUUCAAAAUAAAACUGGGAUUGAGGACACCUGCAGAGACAAGAUGGGAAAAUAUUAGACCACAAAUGCAUUGUAAAGAAAAAAAGAAUGUGACAUUUUCAGAGCAUGUAAAUGUUGAAAUAUAAAGAGUGCUGCUCUAUAUGGAAAGUGCCCUGAGAUAAGUUCUGCUGGGAUUCAGCACUAUAUAAAUAAAACUGACUUGACAUGUGAAACGAAAGAAAAAGAACACAAUAUUUCAAAUCCCACAAAAAAAAAAAAAAAAAAAAAAAAA